CUUCAAGGAUGCAGUGUCCCGACACUAGCCGAACGCCGGGUGCUCUUUGGCAGCUCGCGCACUCUCCGUCCCCGGAGCUGGGGAGCCCCGCCGUCCUCUGAGCCCCCCACCGAAGAUGGAACCCCUGAAGCGCUGGAGAGAGGUGAGGAUCCCAGCCCAGCCCAGCCCUUCACGUUUCCCAGCUCGCGGCGUCACGGCUGGAGAUCUCAACCUUCGGGAACAUUCCAAGGAUUUGGUUAAAGUAAGCAACGUUGCAGCAUGUAUCUUGGCAUUACUUUUGCUUCAGAUGAUUUCCUGCACAUCAAGUGCCCGUCCUUGUGUUCCCCAAAGCUUUGGCUAUAGCUCUGUGGUCUGUGUCUGCAACGCCACCUACUGUGACUCACUUGAUCCUGUAAUACUUCCUGAAUCUGGUACCUUUAGCCGAUAUGAGAGUACCCGAAGUGGCCGGAGAUUAGAAUUGAGCAGUGGGUCCAUCCAGAGCAACUGGACAGGCACAGGGUUGCUUCUAACCCUUCGCCCAGACCAACAGUUCCAGAAGAUAAAAGGCUUUGGAGGGGCUGUGACUGAUGCUGCUGCCCUCAACAUUCUAGCCCUGUCACCUCCUGCCCAGGACUUACUCCUUAAGUCUUACUUUUCUCCAGAAGGCAUUGAAUAUAACAUCAUCAGAGUGCCCAUGGCCAGCUGUGACUUCUCUAUCCGUGUCUAUACCUAUGCCGACUACCCUGAAGACUUCCAGUUGAAUAAUUUCAGCCUCUCUGAGGAAGACACCAAGCUUAAGAUUCCCCUCAUUCACAGAGCUCUGGCCUUGGCCCAACGCCCUAUCUCACUCUUUGCCAGCCCCUGGACAUCACCUACUUGGCUUAAGACCAAUGGGGCAGUGAAUGGGAAAGGGUCACUCAAGGGAAAACCAGGGGACAAGUACUACCAGACCUGGGCCAAGUACUAUAUCAAGUUCCUGGAUGCUUAUGCAGAACAUAAGUUGAGAUUCUGGGCAGUGACAGCAGAGAAUGAACCCUCAGCAGGAAUGAUAAGUGGGUAUCCCUUCCAGUGCCUGGGAUUCACUCCAGAACUCCAGCGGGAUUUUGUUGCCUUUGACCUGGGCCCUGCCCUUGCUCAAAGUGCUCACCAUGACAUCAAACUACUAAUACUGGAUGACCACCGUCUUCUACUGCCCCAUUGGGCACGGGUGGUGCUGAUGGACCCUAAGGCAGCUCAGUAUGUCUCUGGAAUAGCUGUGCACUGGUACCUGGACUUCCUGGCCCCAAUUAAUGCCACGCUGGGGGAAACACAUCGGUUGUUCCCUGACGUCACGCUCUUUGCUUCUGAAGCCUGUGCGGGUUCCAAGUUUUGGGAACAGAGUGUGCGGCUGGGUUCCUGGAGCCGAGGGACACAAUAUAGCCAUAGCAUUAUCACUAAUCUCAUUCACCACGUGGUAGGAUGGACAGACUGGAACCUUGCCCUGAAUCCUGAAGGGGGGCCCAACUGGGUGCGUAACUUUGUUGACAGUCCCAUCAUUGUGGAUAUAGGCAAGGACAAGUUUUACAAGCAGCCCAUGUUCUACCAUCUUGGACACUUCAGCAAGUUCAUUCCUGAGGGCUCCCAGAGGAUAGGACUGGAUGCCAAUCAGAACACCAACCUGGAGACAGUGGCCUUACUGCGCCCUGAUGGUGCUGUUGUGUUAGUGGUGCUCAAUAGAUCUUCCCAGGACGAACUUCUUACCAUUGCUGAUCCUGCUGUGGGCUUCAUGCAGACCUUGGCACCUGCGGACUCCAUUCAGACAUACCUCUGGCAGCGCCAGAAAUGAAGUGGGCAUGGGGGUAGCUGUGCUUGGGGAGUGGACAUUAAAACGAUGGAGCUAACUCA